UCACUAGUAGCUCAGACAAUGUGCUCCCACACAUUUUUGAUGAACAUGGUGAAAGAGGUACCUCUUUGUCUCACUUACGUCUCUUAGAGUCCAAUAACUAUGCCUCCUUGGUGUCUAUGCUGGUCAUCCAACUUCUGAAGAAGAUUAAUAGUUUACACCAGAAUGUUGACCAGAACACACUUCCAGACAAUGUUCUGGAUAUGUCCAAUGACUUGAUUGGGGACAUUCUGAAUGAACUGAAUAAAACUUUUGGCAUCAGAAGUGAUGGACAUCAUCCACAGGAAGUGAAUAUUCACCACAUUUUCAGAGUAGUUUACAAGGAGCUCACUCAGGACUUUGGGUCUGAAAACAUGCUCUGUUCUGCCCUGAAGUCACAAAAUCCAUCUUUGACAUCUUCACUGGUAGAACAACUGACAAAGGCAAUUGCAUCUGCAUGUCUACCACCAAGUCAAACUGCAAUUGGACCUCAGAAAAAAAGAGAGGAAAAGACCAGGAACAACUUGUUUCCCUUUCGGCUGAAGAUGCCGACAUUCAACUGGAAGAAAUCAAGGAGAGGAGAAGUCAGUGAAUGCAAGGAUUCUGCUGUUGCAAAGACAAGUUCAUCUAAAGUUCAGGCAAAUGCAUCCUUGUCUGAGUUGAGAGAGUCUCCUGUGUCUGCUGGUCCACUGGAGGUGCCACUGGAGGAAGCGACAGUGGGGUGCUGUUUCUUCAGGAUCCCUAAGUUCAAGCUCUCCUUCAAGGUGGAGUUCAGUUCAUGCUAACACAUGUUAAUAUUGAGUUUAACCAUGCUUAUCUCAUAGAUUAGUGACUGAAGGACAAAACUGAUUCAACAUGAUCUGUGAGUAUGCACAUGAAAUGUCUCAUCAUCAGUAUUUGAAUUUGAAAUAAUUAGUCUCUUUCUAAUUUUAUCAGAAAUUAAUGAGGGGUGCUAAAGUUGCACAUUGUGACUAUGUCAACUCAACUGAAGAAAACAGCAAUGUGCCAGGCUGUGCAACAUCCUCUCAUGAGAUUCAGCUUGAAAAGACCACUGCUGAGCUCACUGCCUCUGAGGGUCCAACCAGGGCUUGCCAACGCAUCCUCUCUUGAGAUGUGACCUUCUCACUUGAAUCAACUACACCAUCAGAUUAUCUUUUCUACACCUAAA